AUGGUGGACGUAUCAUCUUUAUCAUCUUCAUCGUCGACAUCGUUAUAUGAAUCUGACACCGAAGAACUUCAACAUAUGCCCUUGAACCCAGUGAUGAAAAGCAACAGGAGGUAUCUGUCGAAGCAAUUAUCGAUGUUGGAGACAUCCAGGGAGAUAGCCUGGGAGAGAAGGCGACGCCAGAUCCUUCGUCAGGAAAAAGGGAAAAACGGUAUCCCAGAAGCGAACGGAAUAACCGACGAAGACUUGAACGAACUAAAAGGUUGCAUCGAGCUCGGAUUCGGAUUCAAUGAGGAAGCAGGCCAACAGCUUUGCAAUACAUUGCCUGCUUUAGACCUCUAUUUCGCUGUGAAUCGUCAGCUUUCCCCUAGCCCGGUUUCGACACCUCACAGCAGACGAUCGUCAUCGAUAUCAUCGUUAAGGUCAUCGUCUUUCGGAAGUCCUAAGAGUGAUCAAGAUUGGAAAAUUUGCAGCCCAGGGGAAGAUCCACAGCAAGUGAAGACAAAGCUAAGGCAUUGGGCGCAAGCAGUGGCAUGCUCCGUGAUGCAGUCGUCUUGA